CGAAGCGCCACGCGGGUGUCUCGGACAGCGAACUCGCCUACGUUGCUCGUACUUUUUUCCUCUUUCCUCCCCAAUGAAGCGUGAUGUUAUGCUGUUAAAGUCUUCUACCUGACAACAUUGGCUCGUUUUUUUCCGCCAUGAGCUGCUUGGAUGUCAUGUACCAAGUGUACGCGCCGCCUCAGCCUUACUUCACCCCAACUUACAACCCGUACCACCAUCAUCAUCAUCCUCAUCCUCACCACCAGAAAUUGGCUUUCUAUUCCAAAAUGCAAGAAGAGGCUGUAAGCGGAGGGAACUCAUUCUCCACUCAUCCCGCAGCCACUAUAAAAGAGGAGGAUUGUGCGCCGGAGAAGGAGCAGCCACCUGAAGCCGAGUACAUAAGCUCACGAUGUGUCCUCUUCACCUACUUCCAGGGAGACAUCAGCUCGGUGGUGGACGAACACUUUAGCCGUGCACUGAGCCAAACCAGCAGCUUCGGUCCCGCUUCAGCCAGCGGCAACAAAACGGCACGAGGAGCCUGGAAAGAAGGAUCAUUCCCAAUGAGCCAGCGCAGUUUCCCUCAGUCCUUCUGGAACAGCGCUUAUCAGCCAUCAGUCACAGCGUCUUUAAGCAGUGCUCUGAGUGCGUCCCACACUGACCUGCCCUUCCCUGCUGACCCAUACUCCAGCGCCUCGUUACACAGCCACCUCCACCAGGCGACGCCGGAAUCCUGGCACCCGACACACCACCACCACCAUCAUCAUCCUUACCCUCUCGGAGGCUCCAUCAGCGCUCAGAGCUCAGCUUAUCCUCGACCUUCGGUACACGAUGUGUACGGGACGCAUUUCGACCCACGGUACAGCUCUCUCCUAGUGCCCUCAGUGCGACCACACAGACUCCCUCCGGCCACCGUGCCCACUCCCGGACCCUCACCUUGUGACAUCAGCAAGAGCGAUCCAACCAGCUCGGCAUGGACCGGAGCUUUCACCGGGACGGGAUCUGAAAUGGGACAAAGCCUCAGCCUGAAUGUGGAUGCAGGUCUGCAAAACCAGGAUAAAAGCAAGGACUUGUAUUGGUUUUAAUGGCCUGCCUGCCAACCUUCCUGCCCUACUUCCUGCCUCCCUGCCUGUUCCAGCCUCGGCUGAUCUCUGUCUUUCUGUGCCUUUUGCUUAGGCCACAACAGGCUUGUCUUUUUUUUCUUCCCUGUAACAGAUUGUGAUCUCACUUGCAGCUCGGCGUUACACGCUCUGCAGUGGGGGCAUCCUGAGCUGAAAUCACACCACGGUGGAUAAACCUAAAAGCUCUGCCGGUUUUCUUCCAGAGCGGAGAAAGAGAGAGAAAGACGGAGAGUGGAAGAAAGAGAUGAAACUCGGCUUUCCAGAAAUACAUGCCGGUGGUGUGACCGGCAGCUGUUCUCUGUACAGCAGACACACGUCCAAGAGAAAUAAAAAAAAGCAGAACAAGCACUUCGUUCAGGGAUGCGUGAGAACCGAAACUUCAGAAGUGAUCACAACGUCCUUCACAACAGGGACCAAGGCCAGUGUCAAACACAGGACAGGGUCUUAUUGCAAUUUUUAUUUAUUUUUCUUUUUUUUAGAAACAAGAGACUCAGGCGAGAGAGCAGCAUUCCCUGUCGUAUAUUUUACAGAAGAGACUGGAGGCUAUUUGAAGCCACUUGACUCUAUCUAUAUUGCUCUCGACAGCUGUCAUCGACAACUGGCUUGGAGCUCUGCGGACACACACAAUCACAGCGUCGCUCUGCACCGCGUAACGGCCCGGGAUUUUUUUUUUUUAAAUAAAAGGAGCAUUUUGUUGAACACA